CCAAACUGUCUCACAUAUUUUCUGUUACAAGUAUAUUUAGUUGUAGUUUUCAUUUCAUUGUGUGUGGACAUCCCCUGACACAAUAAAUUAAAUCCAAUCUAAUGGAAAAACAACUCUACAUUACAUCAUACUGGGGAAAAGAGAGGAAAAGACAAGAAAUUAAAAUAUUCUAUUCUAAGAGUAAAAUAAACACUAUUUAAACUUUAAAUGGUAAAAUCCCUAUAGACAUAGUAAAGUUAUCAUGAAUGAAAUGCAGCAGGAAACUAAAUGAAAUCCCUCUGAUAUGACCCUAACCAUGUUGAUAUCCAGGAAAAUGCUUCCUAGAUGAAGCAUGGCCAUCUUUUUUCCCCCCAGUAUCAACCAUUGAUCCCACGUUACAUUGUGUGUAUUUUAACAUGUGUGGACCCCUCGUCCCCAAACUGUCUUACAUAUUUUCUGUUACAAGUAUAUUUAGUUGUAGUUUUCAUUUCAUUGUGUGUGGACAUCCCCUGACACAAUAAAUUAAAUACAAUCUCAUGGAAAUACAACUCUACAUUACAUCAUACAAGGGAAAAGACAAGAAAUAAAAAUAUUCUAUUCUAAGAGUAAAAUAAACACUAUUUAAACUUUAAAGGGUAAAAUCACUAUAGACAUAGUAAAGAUGUUUAACCAUAUCUCUGCCUGUGCUGUGUCUAUAUUUGUCUGUGUGUGUUAACGUGAUUGUGUUGUUAUUUUAUUUUAUGUAAAACAAAAGUUUAAUUUAAAAUAAACUUACUGACUCUGAAAACACAAUGAAAGUUGUUGGGGGGAGUCUUGGAUGGACACACACGCCCACACAUUCAUUCACUAUAGGUAUGUAAAUUCAGUCACACUCCAAGCUACACCUGCUUGGGAGGGUGUGACGGGUGUGGGUGUGACUGCCAAGUGGGAGGGGAUUUCAAAAAGGUAUUUCAGGUGAGUUCUUGACCCAGUCUCCACACUUUGUGUGUUCUCUUACCACAUUUCAGGUUUGCUGAAGAACUUUGAGAAGAAGAAGAUUAAGAAGAAGAAGAAGAAGGAGAAGUUUUUCCAGACUUUUUUUGCUGCUUCUUCAGAGAAGGAUUCUCGUCUUGAUCGUGAUUUCUCCUCAUCAUUUUCCAGUUGACCAGGAUAUUUCUACUCUCUUAAAUGGAUCCUCAGGGAAAGAAAGCAGAUCGUCGCAUCGUCCACUGCCUGCUGUGUGAAAAACCACAAGAUCUCCUCCCGCUCCACCUUUCCCGGGUCUGCAUGAAGAAGAGCACUCAUGAAGAGAGGCAGGCAGAGCUGCAGAGGGCCAAGGACUCUAUGAAGGCGUGGACACGCGGUGGCCGAAACUGGGACUACAACGCCAUGUGCGAGCGCUACCCAGACAGAGCAACAAGGCUGGCUCUGCUGGAGGACCUUCACACCAGGGGGUUUUUCGUGGCCAACGCCCCCAACCCAGCAGACUUGGAGCCCAUCCAAAUGCCACCAGCGAGUGCAGCUGCCACGGAGGAACCUGCCAGUGCUGUGGAGCCUUCAAGCACUGGUGAAGAGGGGUCCACUGAUUCCCACGAGGAUGAUGCUGGCUCACGUGACCCAACAUGGCAAAGAAAUCCACCUCAGUUCUCCCAGAAUUGUGUGCGGAUGAACAUGCAGACAAGGGGCCUCUACCAGAAGUUCCCAGUCGAUUGCAAAAUGCUGAUGGGGUUCAAGAGGCAUUUGAUCAACGUCUUGAAUGUGCCAAACUGCCAACAGGAGGUAAGAGAUAACCCUGAAUCUAUGCUCUUCUGAA